UCUCUUUGGCGAUCAGUAGAAUCCCUUCCGUGCUGCUGUUAGAACUCAACUGAUGAUGUGAAUCAGCCUUCAGGCUCCAUUGUUGGGACUUCAGUCUGCAGCUGCAGAAACAACUUCCAACUGCCUGAAAUGUACUGAAACCAAACAGUUCAGACUGAGCGAUGGACUCUGAAGCCGGCGGGACGAUGGAGGUGGCGGCGCUCGGCCGGCCUUUCAGCCUCGGGAUGUUGUACGACUGCCGCAAAGACUCACUUGUCCCUGGCAUUACGCUGUGGGACCGCAAUGACCUGGAAAAAGAUAAAGGAGACCCCAAAAGACCAAAACCGAACACUGACUUUGAGAUCGUUGCAUCUGAAUCAAUUGAGGACAAAUCUUCAGCUCUAAAUGUUGAAGCUUCCCUGAAGGCAAGUUUCUUGAGUGGACUGGUUGAGGUUGAUGGAUCGGCUAAAUACCUGAAUGACAGUAAGAUUUCCAAAAAUCAGGCCAGAGUAACUCUGAAGUACAAGGCUACCACAAAGUUCCAGGAACUGUCAAUGGAUCACCUUGGAAGAGACAAUAUGAAGCAUUCAUAUGUCUUUGAUAAAGGAUUAGCAACACAUGUAGUCACAGCCAUUCUUUAUGGGGCACAAGCCUUCUUUGUCUUUGACCGUGAGGUGUCUAAAAAAGAAGAUCAUCAAGACAUUGAGGGGAACUUGAAGGUGAUGAUCAAGAAGUUUCCCAGUGUCGCUAUAGAUGGUGAAGGUUCCCUGAAACUGGAAGACAAGGACAGAGCAAAUGUUGAGAAAUUCUCCUGCAGAUUCUUUGGAGACUUUGCUCUUGAAAAAAGUCCUGUGUCCUUUCAGGAUGCAGUAGAAGUCUACCAAAGCCUGCCAAGAUUACUGGGAGCCAACGGAGAAAAGGCUGUACCAAUGAAAGUCUGGCUGUUGCCACUGACAAGUUUAGAUUCUUCUGCUGCAAAACUGGUCCGUCAGAUAAGUAUAGGAUUAGUUCAGGAAUCACAGAGAGUCCUGGAGGACUUCAGUGAGCUGGAAAUGAGGUGCAAUGACACAAUGAGAACCACCACCGCACAGCAGUUCCCACAGAUUGGCAAAAAGAUUAAAAGCUUUAAAGAGAUGUGCUCUGAGUUCAAGCUGGGAUUCCAACAAAAUCUGGCAAAGAAACUUCCAUCAAUCCGAGGAGGAGGAGAAGAGGAGGCUGUGCUCGCAGAGAUCCUGAAGAAGAGACAUUCUUCUCCUUUCAACAGCAAAGACCUGAACGAGUGGUUGGACUGUAAAGAGAGAGAAGUCUACACCUUAAUGUCUUUAACCAACAUGAUGAAAAACACCAAGAUCGUCCCCUCUCAGAAUGUUCUUAGUGAAGAAACCCUCAGUGCAGACCAUGCUGUGUGUUUUGUUUUCACCUCCCUGGGAAGUGCUGAACCGUACCUCUCAGUUUUAUCUAACUACUUAAAACAAACACCCGAAGCAGACGACCCUCAAGAUGUAGAGAAGGAACAAUGGUUCACCUCAAAAGAAAUAACAGAUGCAAUGAGGAAUAAAGCAAAGCUCUUCAGUGACUUUGCAGAGGCCAACAAGGAGAACAAGAACAUAAAGUUCCUGACAGUGGGAUUAACAAAUGAGACACAGAAAGGUUCAAGCAUCUACCUUCAUGAAGGCGGCUUUUCUGUCAAUGAGAACUUUGAGCCGCCUUCAAAGCCUGAAACAGUAACAGCAAGUGACAUAAAGCACAACAGUGUGACACUGAAGAUUUCUGCGCCCAGAUUUGGAGCAGAGAACAUCACCUCCUACUCUGUAGAGUACUGUGUCAGAGGAGAGGAUGGAUGGCAACAAGAGACAGCAUCAAAAGCUGGAGAAGUCACAGUGAGCCAUCUGAGUCCUAACACAGAGUAUAUGUUCAGAUGCAGAGCAGUGACCUCAGCAGGUGUUGGGCCGGCCAAUGAAGUCAGUGGUUCCAUUAAAACCUUACCUUGCAGCCCUCCUGGAAAACCUCAAGUUGAACCAGACUCAAAAGCGACUGAGAUCUCGGUCAGCUGGGAGAAACCUGCUGAGCUUGGACAAGAUGUCCAGAUUUUGAGCUACAUCGUGGAGUACGCCAAAACAGACAACGGGGUGAAAGAGGAAGAUCUCCAAUGGAAGCAAAUGAUGUCGAGAGCUGAAAAGGCGAUCAUUUCAGGGCUUCAGCCAGAGACAGAAUAUGUUGUCAGGGUCAGAUGUGACUGUGGUGAAGCUGGAAGAAGCAAGGAGAGCAUCUCUGUUAAUGUCUGCACAAUGAAAUUUAAACGUCUCACAGAACUCCUCAAAAGUAGAAGUGAAAGGAUAAAUUCUGAAUCACCUUCAGUUUACAAACUGCCUCUGAAAGAAGAAGAUACGGACAUUGAUGGAUGUAGAAGAUACAGUUUUGGCAAAGAAAGCACAAGGAAAAAUCGCACAAUAAUGUUUUUUGGAGUGUCCGGAUCUGGAAAGGCGACUCUGAUCAAUGGACUGAUCAACUACAUUGUUGGUGUAGAGUGGAAGGACAAUUACAGAUUCAAACUAAUUGAUGAGGGUCAGUCGACGUCACAGGCUGAAAGCCAGACCUCUGAAGUCACUGUGUACAAAAUCAACCACCAGGAGGGUUUUAAAACAGAAUACUCUCUGACCAUUGUUGACACUCCAGAGUUUGGAGAUACAAGAGGCAUAAUAAGAGAUGAGAGCAUCACAGAACAGCUGUGUAAUUUCUUCUCUGCUGAGCUUGGUGUCAGUGAAAUUGACGCUGUGUGUUUUGUAGCUCAGGCUUCUUUAGCUCAACUCACGCCAACACAGAAAUAUGUGUUUGACUCUGUGCUCUCAAUCUUUGGCAAAGAUGUGGCAGAAAACAUCAGGGUUCUGGUGACAUUCGCAGACAGCCAGCGUCCACCAGUUCUAGAGGCAAUCAAUGCUUCAGGUGUCCCAUGUCCUAAAACAAGAGACGGGCUGCCAGUUCACUUCAAAUUCAAUAACUCAGCUUUGUUUGCAGACAACAAAUCAUCUGCAGCAGGCAGCAUGAGUGGGGAUGAUGAGGAUGAAGAGGGAGGCUUUGAUCAGAUGUGUUGGAACAUGGGGACAAAAAGCAUGAAGAGGUUCUUUGCUGCUUUGAAUACCAUAGAAACCAAAAGCUUGACGAUGACGAAGCAGGUCCUCAGAGAAAGAGAGCAGCUCAAGAAUUCAGUUGAAAACUUGCAGGAGCAGGUUAAAGUUCAGUUAGCCAAGCUGGAGGAGAUAAAAGAGACAAGUGAAAAACUGAAAGAGCACGAGGCAGAGAUCAGCGGAAAUGAGAACUUUGAGUUUGAAAUCAUCUUCACUAAGCCCGUUCAAUUAGAUAUUUUUGGUACUGGAGAUUACCUUAGGAACUGUCAGCAGUGUCAUGUCACCUGUCACUAUCCCUGUGCAACUGAUGCAGAUACAAUAUGCUGCUCGGAAAUGGAAUCAGAUGGAUACUGUACUCAGUGUCCAGGCAAAUGUUCCUGGAGUGUACAUUUUAAUCAGAAGUACAGAUGGGAGUAUCAGGAAGUACAAGAAAAACGAACAGUAAAAGAGCUGAAAGAAAAGUACCUAAAAGCCUCAGAUGCUGAGAAACGUGUUCAGGUAUUGAUUGAACAACUGCAUGCUGAAUAUGAUGAUGUGCAGACUAACGUGGUGAACCUGAUGAAGUGGUCAUCUGAGUGUUUAAACAGACUUAAAGAGAUAGAACUGAAGCCAAAUCCUCUCUCCACUCCAGAGUACAUUGACAUGCUGAUUGAGGGAGAGAUAUCUGAGGCCAAGCCAGGCUGGAAGCAACGAGUUCAGAUCCUUAACACCAUGAGAGAAAAAGCAGAUCUCAUAGCUAUUGUAAGAGGGCAACUCCUCCUGGAACUACUCAUCGGGAAUUUCAACAAUCCUGAACAGUGAAAACGUGAAUUUUUUUCAGUUGUGAGAAUCUAAAUAUAUUUCUUCAUAAAAAUGUUAAGACAUAUAGAUUUACAUUGUUCAGUUUGCAGGAUUAUCAGCUUCUUGCUUCUUUUCACGCUGUUACACUGCUGACCCCAAUAAUAUUCAGUAUUUAGAAGACAGCUGUCUUCAAUCCCAGAGCAUUACUGUCCGUUACUUGUCCUCGGUGACAUGAACAUUCACUUAGACAAAUCAAACUUAGCAGACUUCUUGUCUCUGAUUUAGUCCUUUGAUCUAACACAGGUUCUCAGCCCCCCGACCCACAAAGCUGGCAAGGAGCUUGACUCAUUCUUGUCCGAAACUGUGCCACCAAGUGCCUAACAGUCACACCUCUACACAUGUCUGACCUCUAUUUCAUUCAGUUCAUGAACAGCCCAUAUGUCUGACACCGCUGCUACCUCUGCAACCUGUCUCCCACUCACUUUGCCUCAGUGGUAGCUUCCGGUCUACCUUCCCUCAACAUACUUUCCUCACUUGAGGUCAGUGAUGCCACACAAUCUCUGUGCUCUACACUGAGCUCAUGCCUGGAUAGCCUGUGUCCUCUAUCCACCAAACCUUAUAGCCAGAACCAGUCCCACCCGUGGCUAACUGAUACCAUCUGUGGGCUCCGUACUGAUCUCAGACCUGCUGAAAGAAAAGACCCUGCCAACCUUAAGGGCUACUAAAUGCUCCUAUCCUCCUUCUCAACAAGCAUCAAUGCCGCCAAAACUGCAUUCUAUAAUGACAGAAUAAGCAGUGCCGCUGACUCAAGGACAUUAUUUUCCACUUUUAAAUCACUGCUAAAUCCUCCUCCACCUCCACCACUCACAAACUUGUCUGCUGAUAUCUUUGCUGCCUCAUUCACAGGCAGUGGCGGCUAUAACUAGCCAUUUCUCUAAAUCACUCAAAAUCAACCGGUCUAUUCCCGCCCUGGUCAGCUCCCACUGUGUGAGCAUGGCACAAGAAAACCUACCAUGUAGCAGUCCAACUACAUGUCUCCCUCCAUCCCCCUCGGGAAAUAGAGAAAAAGGCUGUAAUGGGAAUUCCAUGAGAAUCCUCUCCAAACAUUGUCAUGUACCAAGUCAACACCAAGGCUAACAUGCAGCAGUCCUACUACAUCUGUUCCUAUGUCCUCCCAGGUCAAUGGCACUUCACUCUCCUCCUUCACUCCUCUCACGGAGAACGAAGUAUCAGAACUCCUGACCCAUAGCCGUCCCACUACAUGCCCACUGGACCCGAUUCCUACGAAUCUCCUCCAAACCAUAUCUCCUACCAAGUUUCCACUCAUGUGAUAAAUACUUCUCUGGCUUUGGGAACAUUCCCGACCAUUUUCAAAAGGGCUCGGCAUACAACCUUGCUCAAAAAGCCCUCACUCGACCCAACUCAAGUUGAGAACUAUCGACCAGUUUCACUUUCACUAUGGAACGGGUAGUCUUCAAACAGGUCUCAGAAUUCCUCUCACGGAAUGACCUCCUAGAUCCGUGGCCACUCUACUGAAACGGCUCUUCUGUCUGUAACAGAAGCCCUAAGGUCAGCUAAAGCGGCAACCCAAUCCUCGUUUCUCAUCCUGCUUGACCUAUCAGUUGCCUUUGACACAAUCAAUCACAUAAUUCUGUUAUCCGCACUCUCAGCAAUGGGCAUCUCGGGCAAGGCACUCCUAUUGUUUGAAUCUUACCUCUUGGGGCGUUCCUACAAUGUUUUGUGGCAAGGACAAUUAUCCUCCUCCCACUGCCUCUCCACAGGGGUACCCCAAGGCUCAGUGCUAGGACCCCUUCUCUUCUCAGUUAACACCAUCUCACUGGGGCCAAUCAUUCGCUCACACGGCUUUUCUUACCACUGCUACGCAGACGAUAUGCAACUCUACCUAUCCUUCCCACCAGACGACCCCAGCAUCUCGGCGCGGAUCACGGACUGUCUCUUGGACAUAUCUGCAUG